UAGGUGUUUACCCAUCUAUAGAAUUAGAAUUCCCCUGACGCCAUGUUAUCAUGUUGCACCCUCCCCCUGUGGAGAGAUAACGUUCCAUCACGUGGUACGUCCCGGGCCCUGCCAGCCGGCGUAAUUAAAUAGCAAGAGUCGCGCUUCAAAUCCACUCGGCUUCAAAUCUCGCCAAAUCUGUCUGAUGCUGGAGAGGCGUCCGUAAGGUGGCAGCAGGGCCGAUCAGUGACGACCAAUCAGAAGUCUGGGUGCUACUCCUGACACCAGCCCAGUGAGACGUCAUCGGCGCGGUACAAAACGAUGUUGCCACAGAAGCGGAGCAGGAACCCGGCUUCCGAAGCACGAGCGCCAAAGUAUCUGUAGUCAGUUCCUCGGCCUGUCAACGCCCCCUGUUAUUCUUAAUCGCAGUUGUUGUUUUUCUGCAAAGGCCUCGUACUAAUUUCUUCUAGGAUACAAAACAUCAGACGAUUCCGAACACGUCAGGUACCGGUGUGGGGGAUGCGAUGGCGAGCCGCAGCGGAAGCUUCCACCUGCUGGUCCUGGCCUGCUGCUGCUGGCUGACUGCCGGAGGAGCGCUGCGGUGCCCCGAUGACUGCACCUGCCGGGAAGCUAAGGGCGAGGUGGAGUGUGAGAGACCGAACACCCUGCGAGCCAUCCCCGGUCCUGACGACCUCAACGACAUCGACAAAGUCAAAGAGCUGUACAUCAGCGGCCAACAAGGUCUGACCAGACUAACAAGAGAACAGCUGGGGCACUACAAAGGUCUGAUCAAACUUGUUAUCAAGAAUAGCAACCUGUCUACGAUUGAAGAUGGCGCCUUCAAGAACAACAGUAACCUUACAAUGAUUGAUCUACGAAAUAACAAACUGUCAGUGCUGCAGUGGACAUUGUUCUCCGACCUGAGGCUUACAGAACUGUUGCUAAGCGACAACCCGCUGGCCUGCAACUGCAGCUCCAAGUGGAUACAGCUCUGGCAAAGCCAGUCGAGAGCCAGUUUUCACACCGAGAAGAUCUCCUGCAUAACAACGACAGACGAAACCGUAGACAUCAGGGACUUACAGCUGGAUUCUAGCUGUCGUCUACCAACGGCUAGAGUGCUGACCGGGGAAGUGACCAUUAACAAGACACAAGACGUAGUGGUGAGCUGUGAAGCCUCGGGCAGCCCCGCGCCGACUGCCGAGUGGAACACAGCAGAGCUUCGCUCCAAGUUCAGCCUUGUGAUAGAGGAGCUGGGCAGACGGCAGGUCCUCACCAUACACAACGCCAGUGAGGACGACAACGGCAACUGGACCUGCAUUGCCAAGAACAUGGUUGGAAUAGCCCGGGCAAACUUGGUGUUGAAGAUCAACGCCCCUCCUCGUAUCCUGAGUCUGGAGUAUAAGGUCCUCUUCCACAAAAGCAUCUGCUUCACCGUGCACGGGUAUCCUCUGCCAACCCUCACCUGGUACAAGGGUCGCGCGCUGUUCACGGCCAGGAACCACGUGUACGUCAGCAUGGAGAAUUCGAAGGUCACGCCGUACGAGACCAGCGGCUGUCUCAAGUUCGAGGUGCCCUCUCACGUCGACAAUGGGAACUACACUCUGGUGGCGACCAACACGUAUGGACAGACCAGCAGGUCACUCGUGGUCACCUUCAUGAAACUCCCCCCAGUGAGGACAACAAACUACACCAUCCGUGCACCGCCCAACUCAUCGUCCCACGGAACACCCGGGCCGACCACAGAUGAUAACGUACCAGAAAACCAGACUACAACAUACACACGAAUCGAGACCUACAUCGCCGUAGCCGUGUCAUCUGUAGUGUUCAUCGUCGUGGCCAUCGUGCUGUACUGCAUGAGGUCGCGAAAGAUCAGCCGGAGGGAGUGCAACAUCAACGGGUCGGCGGCGCCCCUGCAGCGGUCCACCAGCGAGUCUAACGGGGAGGUGGUCUCCCGGGACUCCCUGCGGCUCAGCAGACUUCACGUGGUGGAGAAUCCAAACUACUUCCGAGACUCUAAGGAACUCGUCAUCCGCCAUAUCCAGCGCGACACCAUCCACUUCGUGGGCGAGCUCGGGGAGGGGGCCUUCGGAAGAGUCUACCUCGGCAAAUGCGAGAAGCUUAAACCCGACGAAGAUGCCUCCCUGGUGGCGGUGAAGACGCUGAAGGAGAUGAGUGUCGAGGACGCACGGAAGGACUUUGAUCGGGAAGCGGAGCUCCUGACCAACAUGCAGCAUGAGAACAUUGUGAAGUUCUACGGGGUCUGCACGGAGGGAGAGCCCUGGUUGAUGAUCUUUGAGUACAUGGAAAACGGGGACCUCAACAACUACCUGAGAUCUCACGGUCCUGACGCGGCCUUCCUGAUCAAGAACCCGGCCACUCACAAGGAGCUGAGCAUCGUGGAGCUGCUGCAGAUCUCUGUGCAGGUCGCCUCCGGUGUGGAGUACAUGGCGUCGCAGCACUUCGUGCACCGGGACCUGGCCACACGCAACUGUCUGGUGGGGGACAAACUCGUGGUGAAGAUCGGAGACUUCGGGAUGUCUCGGGACAUCUACAGCACCGACUACUAUAGAGUGAUCGAGUGCAUCACCAGCGGCAGACUGUUGGGGUGCCCGCGUGGCUGCCCACGGAACGUGCGGGCCCUCAUGCUCGGCUGCUGGAAGAAAACCCCCGCCCAGCGCACCAACAUCCAGGACAUCCACAAGAAGCUCAAGGAAAUGUUGGAGAACCGCCACCAAGUUCAGGUUGACAUUGUUGCCUAAUGGUCGUGCCUGGGAGAAACUAGCAGGAGAAAUGAAACCAUUUGAACGUAUGAAAGAUGUGGUUUACUCAUGAGUGCCAUCGGUUGUACUUUGCCAGCUAGCUGAGAACUCGCCAAACAUAGACAAACUCGACUAUCAUCGAUACACUUAUUUCAGAUGUACGUGUUUGAAUUGCCCAUGGUAUAUAUGUAUGAGCUCAUGAGCGGUUCCUCUCUCUCUAUAUGAUUAGAGAUAUCUUAAACGUUCUUUUUGUACGACAUAGAGCUGCCUUAAUCUGCCCUGUAGUGUAUAUCCGUAGGUGCUGCACAUGAGCUCAGAUACGAAAAGAAAAAAAUUAGACGAAGUUGAUGUUGCAACUUGCAAAGCUAGGCAAUAGAAUGCUCAUAUUGAGUACCUUCGCACGAGUAAUAUCAUGCUUUUGACUUUGUAAAAAAAAACAUCGAAGGCAAGAUGGAGUUAUGAUAUCUGGACCUUUGAGAAAGCAAGGACUUUGAAUAUGUCUGAAAAAAGUUUUUGAUAUGGGCAACAUCACAGAAUAUUUGUAUAUCACAAUGCUAAUGUUUUUGAAUUGUUGGUAACAACAUGCCUACGGUAACAUGGGCCUUGAGGUUGAGGUACCUGCUUGGUGCGUCGGAUGGCAGUUCGCCAUAUAGGAGAUUGUAAGAUAGUUUAGACAGAAGAGCGUCCGUGAUGUGCUUUGUAAAUAAUUCGAAGAUUGUUAAUAAUAUAUAUCGAGUAGUAAUAGUAGAGAUAUUUUGAAGUGAUGGAAGCAUGCUGAGGUUGUAUCCAGUGUGCACACAGAGGGCUCCUGAACCGCUUUAAAGCGUGAAAAGGCAAAACACUUCAUACAACAGAAUCUGUCUGUAACAGCAUUAUUGCUGCUUUACAUAGCUAAGAAAUGACAUAAUAGAUGUCUGCUCCAGAUAAAGGCUCAGAGAUUAAUGUGUAAAAUAUCUCAUCCAGUUGUAAAAAUUGCAUUGUCAUUGAAUGUCGUUUUUCUGGAUGUCUAACCUGGAUAAAGGUAUGUCCUAAAUAUUGUCAUUCGGGAAUUGCUGUUGUUUGUUUGAAACUGCGCAUGUGACUGUGAUGGUGAAGUGUACAUGGAGUACAUAUCAAAACAAUCAUUAUGGCAUUGCGUGACAUGCUUCAAAUGUGCCGAAAGUCAGGCAGUAUUCAUGUAAGCCGUGCUAUCUGCUAACGUGUCAUUGUAGUGAGUUUACCGGUUGAGUCGAACUUUCAGUAUUUGACUUUUGGAUUAAUAAAAAAAAGUCACACAUAACUUGCUCUAAGGGCAAGGGUACCAAGAUAUCGGAAGGGCACGGAUUGUGUAUUACUGGACAUGUUGACCGAUUAUGAAGUUACCAAGUUGUAUUUUGUAUAUGUUGAAUAUAAUUGGAUGAAGACGUUGUUAAAUAAAGAUCAAAUGGCGUUUGUACAGUA